GUCUGGAAAUCCCAAUCUGCGCCUCCGCCUCCACCCCGCACCUGCGCCUAAAACCCUAGCUCGCCUCCCCCCUCCCCGCCCCCAUGGCGCCGAAGAAGCGGAAGGCGGAUCCGGCGGCGGCCGCCGGCGCCGACCCCGCCGCCCACCACGAGAAGCCCGAGCAGAAGCCCCGCGUCGGGACCAUCUACUACCCCAUCACCGACGACCCCCCGGAGCCGGCCGCGGACGCCGCCGCCGCCGCCGCCCUGGAGGAGGAGGACCUCGCCUACGACUACGAGGAGGAGGACGUCACCAAGCUGCUCGAGCCGCUCUCCCGGGAGCAGCUCGUGGCCCUGCUCCGCGCGGCCGCCGAGGCGAGCCCCGCCACCAUGGCGGCCGUGCGCCGCGCCGCCGAGUCCGACCCCGCCAGCAGGAAGCUCUUCGUGCACGGCCUCGGCUGGGGCGCCGGCGUCGAGGACCUCCGCUCCGCCUUCUCCCGCUUCGGCGAGCUCGAGGACUGCCGCGUCAUCACCGACAAGCAGUCCGGCAAGUCCAAGGGCUACGGCUUCGUGCUCUACCAGUCCCGCACCUCGGCGCUCCGCGCCCUCCGCCGCCCCCAGCUCGACAUCGGCGGCCGCCUCGCCUUCUGCCACCUCGCCGCCUCGGGCCCUGCACCCCCGGCCUCCCAGUCCCAUAACCCUAGCUCCAACGCCAACGCCAGCUCAGGCACCACCAACAACAACGCCCCCGCUUCCUCCUCCUCGCUGCCUGACAACAUGCAGCGCAAGAUCUUUGUUGGCAACGUGCACGCUGAUGUUGAUGUAAAUCGCCUCUAUGAGUACUUCUCGCAGUUUGGUGAGAUUGAAGAGGGGCCGCUGGGCUUUGACAAGAGCACCGGCAAGCCCAAGGGGUUUGCGCUGUUUGUUUACAAGUCUGUGGACAGUGCUCGCCGCGCCCUGGAGGAGCCUAUGAGGAAUUUUGAUGGCAAGAUGCUCAAUGUGCAGAAGGCCAUAGAUGGGAGGACAAAGGGCUCAUCCGGGUCCAACUCGAGUGCUAACAAUGCCAAUGCCACCGCUGCUUCUACACAAAUGACCAUGCCCUCUAUUGCCGCCAUUAAUCCAUAUGAUCCAUCAGCGUAUGGUGCCGCUGCUGUUCAUGACAUGGGGUUCGCCCAGCAAGCUGCCUUGCUGGGGAUGGGUGCACAGCAGCAAGCGUUUGCGCAGCCCAAUACUGCAAUGCUGGCCAUGAUGGCAGCCGCGAUGCAGAACCCAGCCAUGCUUGCAUCGCUAAAUCCAGCUUUUGCUGCUGCUGCAUUGGGCGCCGGGGGGCAAUCUGGCAUUCCUGGUUUUGGAGCUCAGGGCUUUGGGACACAAGGGUUUGGGGCUGCUGGCGUCAAUUUUCCAAAUGCAGCAGGUCUUCAGGGAGCUGCAGCAUAUCAAGGAGGGCCUCCUGGUUUUCAGGGGACACCUGGGUUCCCCACUUCUGCUGGGUUUCAGGUCGGCCAAGCAGCUUCCCAAACGGGCACAACUGCAGCGGCCACUGGUGCUGCUGGUGGUUAUCAGGCUGGGGCUGCUGGGCAGGGCCAAGUGUCCAAUACCCAGAUUGGUGGCACUGGUUUUCAGGGUGGCUAUUGACAGCACUAGUUUGGCAUCUGCUGGUCGUGGUUCGUUCGUGUGGUUUUGCAUUCGGAUGGAUUUUGAACCUGUGUUGGUGCCGAAGUAUUGCAGAAGGGCUGUUGACUUUUACUGUCAGAUGCUUUCGAAUCAGAUACCUUUGUGGCAGUAU